AUGGCAACGAAAGUGCAAGGCCGUCACAUCGUUUCUGUCCUCGAGGACCCCGCCGCCUCAGAAACGCCCACAUUUGUAACCCCAUUCGGGAGCGACACUCCCCGCAUGGCAUGGCAGCCGAACGCCGAUGACGAUUUGGACUCGGACUUCGACGAGGAGUCGGAUUACGAGGACAGCGACGAUGAGCCACGUCGCAAAAAGUCUCGCAAAGCCGCCAAGGCCAAGCGCAACUCAAAAGCCAAGCUCAAGACGGAACUCGCCGCCGGCAAGCGUCUUCUCGGCCGCGCGCGUAUCCUCGACAUUCAUGGGUACCAAGGCAACCGUUACGAGGAGUUCGAGACGGCUCUGGAGAAUGCCCUGGCGAAGGUGGAGACGCUGCGUGUCUUUGAUACUUCCCACCUCGCCAUCUACGUGCGUCCGCCGCGCACCAUCAUCUUCUUCGGGCGACCAGGGUCAUACAUCAGUCCGCGGACCUCCAAGCUCGUAUAUCACUACCCUGGGACCGAGGAUGAAGUCAAGGAAGCACAGUUACCGGACUGGGAGCCUACUUACCCACCCGACGACCCUAUCGAGUGGGUAUACCUGCUCUUACAAGGAUCGACGCCGGACAAGGUGUAUGCGCCUGGAUACCGAGGCAAUGACGGCUUGGUGCAAGAUGCCAUCCGACUUGACGAGACGUAUGAGGGGCCCCCAGCCGCCAGAGACAGCCACACGUUUGUUGGCGGACGAAAGCUCAUCUUGUCGGCGCUCGGCCUGAAGAUCGAUGCGACGGAUGAGGAGCUUGCGGCCGCGACUCGUUCAGCUCCCAGCGUGCGGUUUCUGACACCGGAGGAGUAUGAGGCCGAGGUGGGGGAGGAGCAGUUUGUACUGGAAACCCAAGAGGACCCAUACCACGGUGCUCGUGCAGUGUUCCACUCAUGA